UUUGAAUGAGUGCUUGAUUGUCAUUUGCUGCCCUGUGAUGAUGUGGGAGGGUCAGAGAAGAGCAUGAGUAUUUAAAUGCCUAACUAAACUAAUAAAUCACCAUUUUAUAGGUUCUUGUUUUCUGAGACAGGCAGGAUGGAUUUAUCAUUGCAAAAAUAUGAUCUCACUGAGUUUUGUUUUCCUGUAGUGAACAACUCUUGUCUUAAAGGCACACAUCUUGUUUCCACUCAGACUGUGUUGUAUCUCAUAUUGGUGUCGGCGAUGAUUGUGACUAUUCUAGGAAAUUUGGUGGUCAUUAUCUCCAUAGCGCACUUCAAACAGCUCCAGACUCCCACUAACAUCCUGGUGAUGUCUCUGGCUCUUGCGGAUCUGCUGCUUGGACUGGUGGUCAUGCCUUUCAGUAUGAUCCGUUCUGUCGAUGGCUGCUGGUACUAUGGAGAUGCCUUCUGUUUGCUUCACUCCAGUUUUGACUUAUUUCUUACAUCUGUGUCUAUUUUUCAUCUCAUUUUUAUUGCCAUUGAUCGACAUCAGGCUGUGUGUUAUCCGCUUCAGUACCCUACGAGAAUAACCAUACCUAUUGCAUGGGUCAUGGUGCUGAUAAGUUGGAGCAUGGCUGCUUUAUAUUCAUAUGGAUUAGUGUACUCAAAAUCUAAUGUGGAAGGACUGGAGGAAUUUAUUGAAUCCAUGUACUGUAUGGGAAGUUGCACUCUGCUUUUCAAUGCAUUGUGGUCUGUUUUGGACACGUUACUAACUUUUUUAUUGCCUUGUUCUGUCAUGAUUGGACUGUAUGCAAGAAUUUUUGUAAUUGCAAGAAAGCACAUUAGAACAAUUGGUGAUGCAAAUCAGCAUGAAAAUGAGAGCACAUUUAAGAGCUCUCGACGAUCUGAGCGCAAAGCAGCAAAAACUCUUGGUGUGGUUGUGGGAGCCUUUAUUAUUUGCUGGCUGCCGUUUUUUAUUAACUCUAUGAUUGAUCCCUACAUCAACUUUGCUACCCCAGUUGCUCUUUUUGAAGCAUUUGUCUGGUUAGGUUACAUUAACUCAACCAUAAACCCCAUCAUAUAUGGCCUUUUCUAUCCAUGGUUUCGAAAAACCCCUUCUCUCAUUAUAACAAUGAGAAUAUUUGAACCAAACUCAUCAGAUAUCGGUGUUUUCACUGUUUGACCUCUUUUUCAUGUCAUUUAAAUAUGGUGCUUUACUCUUGCACAUUGUUUUGCACUAGCACAUGCUUUCUUACUGAAAUGAUUUUUGCACUGUGCAUAUAUAAUAAACAGUGUAAAAAAUGUUGGAAUAUGGUUACACAUUUUUCUCCAUAUAUAAACUGCAAAACACUGCAUACAGAAAAAAUGGAUUAAACAAACACUUUAAAUAUUGUGCACUCUGUAACAGCACAGACACAAGUGGUAUGAUGUGAUCCCCAUUUAAUUUGUAUAAGAUGAAAGGGUGAUCUAAAUCAUAAAUAUUACUACAUUGGCAAAGAUAAGUCAGUCAGUCCGACUACUGGCCUGUAUCACAACAAACAAAAGCAGUUCAACUGGUUAGAUGAAUGUGUCACAAGUGGAUAUAGGCCCACAUGGCCACAUGAAGUGAAAACAUAUAAA